AUGGCGAACCGUACAUUAAAAAUUCAAUUGUUUGGACAUUCUUUUGUGAAACGUUUAAAGGAUUUUGUUAUUAAUCAAGAAGAUUUUCCUUCAAAUUUGAAAUUACGUGCGAAUCCUUUAGUGCAGUAUUCUGGUUUUGGAGCGGGACACGUACAUACAUUGAAACAAAAUUUGGACGUUGUUCGAGAUUUCAAGCCAGAUUUGGUCAUUCUCAUCAUCGGCACAAAUGAUCUUUCAUCGAUAGACAAGUCCCCAAAUACGGUUAGUGCGGCAAUUAUGGAUUUAGUGGACACUUUGUUGUUUAUUGAGCAGGUACGGUCUGUCAUCGUUUUCCCCAUAUUAUUCAGAAAGCUGAACAGUCAACAUAAUCGUCAUACGGUGGACAUUCCUUGGUUCAACGAUAGAGUUUACGAAACAAAUGCGCUUCUUGAAUCAAAGAUUAAGGAUUGUCCCUACCAGCGAGUGCGUUACUGGGUACCCAAAGGUUUCUGGUCGGACAAGGCUUUAGCAGAGGUUAUAAGUAGCGACGGGGUCCAUCUUUCAUACAGAGGUCAGCAAAAGCUAUACAACAACAUCCGAGCUGCGGUGGUUGCGGAGUUGAAGGCUAGCCAGCUAGGCUGUUAG